AUGGCAUUAACUUUUAUAGCAUUUGCUUAUAUUGUAGCACUCACUCUUACAGCAUUACUGAUCUUUUUUGCAAUAUGUCUUAUAAUUAUUUUUGAUGAAUUAAAAGUCGAUGAUAAAGAUUUAAUAAAACAAUGUAAAACAUUAAAUCUACUUAUUAUGUUAGAAUGUAUGACACAUAUAUUUAUUAAUUUUCUUUUUGUUAUUUGUGGUGAAUGGUUAACAGUAUUUUUUAACUUACCAUUAGUUUUAUAUCAUAUUAAUAAACAAUGUAGACAUUUACUAGGUGAAUUUGGUAUAUAUGAAGCAAGAAGAAUAAUGAUUUCUGAAAUAUUCAAUUUAGCACAACGUGAAGGUUGGAUCAGAUUAAGUUUUUAUAUGAUUACAUUUUUUUAUUAUAUUUAUUGUAUUAUUGCUGAACUUAUUCGUAAAUGA